GAUUGUAGCAUAAAUCCGAGAGGGAACAAGAGCCUCAACUCAGUCGUGCCGCGCGGUCGCACGUGAGCUGUCAGACGGGAAAAAAACGCGCGAAUUUUGACGUUUUACUUUUUUUUAUCAAAAGUCGCGGCUUCAGCACUUAGCACAAUGAAGUACUUGGUUGUCCUCGCGGUGUUCGCUGUGGUAUUCGCGGCUGAAGAGACGAAAGAGGAAGAGAGACCGAAGACAUUCAGGAGGCUGAUCCCGGCUGACGUUUUAAGAGAUUUCCCUGGUAUGUGCUUCGCGUCUACACGUUGCGCGACCGUCGAGCCUGGUAACACCUGGGACCUGGCUCCCUUCUGUGGACGCAGCACCUGCGUCGUCAGCGAAGACACUCCGCCAAGACUGCUCGAGUUGGUGGAAGACUGCGGACCUUUGCCGUUGGCCAACCCUAAAUGCAAACUUGAUACCGACAAGACCAAUAAGACCGCGCCGUUCCCCGGCUGCUGUCCGAUCUUCACUUGCGAAGAAGGUGCCAAGCUGGAGUACCCUGAACUCCCCACUCCUCCUCCAGAAGAAGAAAAGAAAGAAGAGGAGAAACCCAAAGCUUAAAUGAAUUUACAAAUAUUAAAAUAAAUAAAUCCCACAGAAUUACAGUAAGCGUAUCCGAACG